AUGAAGUUCGCUACUAGCCUCGUGUGCCUUCUGGCACCCAUCACGGCCCUCGCUGCUCCGCUCGAGGAGAGGCAGGCCUCUCAGAGCCUCGACAAGCUGUUCAAGGCCAAGGGCAAGCAGUACUUCGGAACCAUUGGCGACAAGGCCCUCUUGGCCAACACCAAGAAUGCCGCCAUCAUCAAGGCGGACUUCGGCCAGCUCACGCCUGAGAACUCGAUGAAGUGGGAUCAGAUCGAGCCUACUCAGGGCAAGUUCAACUGGGCCAACGCCGACACCCUUGUGGACUUUGCCACCGCCAACGGCAAAAAGAUUCGCGGCCACACCCUGGUCUGGCACUCUCAGCUUGCUGGAUAUGUUAGCCAGAUCAAGGACAAGGCGACUCUUACCAAGGUCAUCCAGGACCACAUCAAGGCUGUCGUUGGCCGUUACAAGGGCAAGAUCUACCACUGGGACGUUGUGAACGAGAUUUUCAACGAGGACGGCUCUCUCCGCUCUUCUGUCUUCUCCAACGUUCUCGGCGAGGAGUUUGUCAGCAUCGCCUUCAAGGCUGCCAGGGCAGCUGACCCCAACGCAAAGCUCUUCAUCAACGACUACAACCUCGACAAGGCGAACUACGCAAAGACCCAGGCCAUGGCCAAGAAGGUCAAGCAGUGGAUUGCCCAGGGUAUCCCCAUUGACGGUAUUGGCUCUCAGACCCACCUCAGCGCCGGUCAGAGUGGCAACAUUCUCGGUGCCCUUCAGACUCUCGCAGGCAGCGGUGUCAAGGAGGUCGCCAUUACUGAGCUCGACAUUGCUGGCGCCAGCGCCAAUGACUACACCACCGUCGUCAAGGCUUGCCUCCAGGUCAAGCAGUGCGCUGGUAUCACCGUCUGGGGUGUUCGCGACCCCGACAGCUGGAGAGCCUCGAACAGCCCCCUUCUGUUCGACGCCAGUUACAACCCCAAGGCUGCCUACACUGCCAUCGCCAAGGCUUUGGCUUAA